AUGACUCUUUGUACAUUGUUAAUAUUAAUUUAUUUGUGUUAUUCAUUUAAAUGUUCUCCAGGUUGUAUUGGGGGUUGUGAAGCUGAUAACACUUGCAGAGGAGGAUGUUCAGAGAAUUAUUUUAAUGACACAUCAUGUUUAUAUUGUAAAUGGACUGACCCUAACGAUGAUGUUUAUGAGACAUUUAUUCCGAAUGGUACUUAUUGUAUGAAGACAACAAAUAUUAUUAUUAAAAAAAGUUGGCUUCCUGAACAAAAAGAUAUAGAAAGUAUUACAACAGGAAGUACUGUUACUUUUACAAUUAAUGAAAAUUCUAUGGCUGAUACUAGUUUUUGUUAUUAUAGACAAAAAUAUAGACUUGGUAAAUGGUUUAAAUUAGAUAUGAGCUCUAUUUAUACGGACACACUCUCCAUUAAUAUUGCUAAAAAUUAUGAAUCAAGUGCUUUUCUUUCUAUUGAUAUAACUAAUUCUCAAAGUGAUGCUUAUACUGGAAAUUGUCUUGCACAUGCUUCAUUAAAUGAAACAAAUUUUGAAACAAAUAUGUUAGUUCCAAUUUUAAAUCCAAUUUAUUCUUCUUCAACAAAGAAAGAUGAGAAUUUUUAUUAUAUAUUCAUUAACGUUAAAGAGUAUAAAGUUGUUACUGUUUCAUUAACAAUCCAACCAGUUAAUGGAAAAACAGGUGUUUCUAGAUUUAAUUUAACUCAAGACAUAGCAGAUUCAUUAGCAAAUGAUUUAUCUAAGAAUAUGUAUGUUUAUUUCUCAGUAGAACAAUAUGGUAUUGUUUGUUAUCCAGUAUGUAUUCCAAAUAUUAUAAUGAAAAUUAUCCUUUUUGAGAUUGAAUUUGAUGGAGACUAUUCAAUUCUUAUAGAUACUAGAGGAGCUGAUCGUGUUAAUUAUAUUCAAGAAUUUGAUUAUAUAGUUAAUGAGUCAGGAUAUAGAUAUACUAAAUGCCUUAAUGUUUGGACUGGAACACCACAUGGUGUAUUUGCUGAUGAAGAACCAAAUGGAGUUUUUGUACGUAUUGAAGGUAAAGCUAAUACAAAAAGAUAUUUUGGUAUUAUGUCUGAAGAACAACGAAUUAACUUAAAUGUAGAAGUUAGAGCUAUUUGUCCAAAAAAUUGUAACGCUGAAACUGGAAAUGGAAAUUGUCUUCCACAAGAAAAGAAAUGUGUAUGUAAUGAUAGUUUUGGAGGUGAUGAUUGCCAUAAAUUAUGUUACUAUAAUGGGAAAUGGCAAGUUAAUGAUUAUAGUUCACUUUGCUAUUUUAACACUUCUCAUUGUGACCAGUUCUGUAAAUGUGAACCAGGAUAUUCUUUAGUUAAUAAUUAUUGUGUAAGUAAUGAAUGUAAAAAUGGAAAACUUGGUAGUGGUGAUGAAUGUAUUCAGAAUAGUGAAGGAUGUUUACCAAAUUGCAGAUGUGAUAGUAGUAGUGGAUGGAAAUUAAGUAAACAAAAAGGAAAAUGUGUAAAUGUACUGUGUGGAAAUGGAAUUAUUGAUAGUCUUUAUAUGAAAGAUACAUUUUUAAGAAAAGAAGAAUGUGAUAAUGGAACUAAUUGUAAUUCAUUCUGUCAAUGUAUAGAUGGACAUACUCCUGAUCCAGAUGAUCCAACAUCAUGUAUAGAUACUAAGAUUUCUGGAGGUGCUAUUGCUGGAAUUGUUAUAGGAGGAACAGUUGGAUUGAUAUUAAUUCUUAUCUUCUUUAUUGUAUUAUUAAUCUUUGUACUUAGAUAUAAAAAAGUUGAUAUCAAUAUUUAUAAAAUACAACAACCAGUUUAUUAUUAUUACAUUCAUGGAUCAACUACUAGUGCACCAUCAAAAACUGCACGUUAUAUGAUAGAUCCUAUUGAUUUAGACUAUGGAAAUGAUACAACUGCAACUGCUAUUAUGGAUACUAGAUUUGAAAGAAUGGAAGUUAAUAAUUAUUCAAGAAAUAAAUGGAUGAUGAUUAUUUUCCAUACACCAAAUAAUCCAAAAUAUGUUUUUUAUUUUGAACCUCAAGUAUUACUUAUAAGACCUCAUUCUACACCAAAAUUACUUACAAGUUAUAUGACACUUCAUUGUACUACAAAAAUUAGAGAUAUGAAAAUUCCUUAUACUGUUUGGUUUAGUAAAUCUAAAUCAACAUUAGAAUCUAUUGCUAAUCUUUUGAAAGAUAAAAGCUUUGAAACAUGGACUCCAGAAGACCAAGCUCAAAUGGAUAAACUUUGUAAAAAUGUUAGAAGACACUGUCAUUAUCAUAUUACUAUUAAAACAGAUGCUGCAUCUUCUACUCAUAUUGAUAUGGAUGAAUUAAAUAUGUCAGAAAAACCAAUUGCUGAAGGGGCAAUGGGUAAAGUUUAUAUUGGAAGUUAUCGUAGUGUUCCAGUUGCAGUAAAACAAUUUAGAUGGGAGAGUCUUAGUGAUGAAGAAAUGAGUGAAUUAAAAAAAGAAGUAAUAGCAGAGUGUGAAAUGAUGAGUAAAUUAAGAAAUCCAUUUAUUGCAAAUUAUAUGGGAUCAGUUACUUAUAUACCACAAGUUUCUAUGAUUAUUCAAUUCUUUGUUUUAGGAUCAUUAGGAGAGUAUUUAAGAAAAGAAAAAGAAGAUUAUGUAAAAUUACCAUAUAAAUUAAAAGUUAGAAUGUUAUUUGAUACCGCAAGAGGAAUGCAAUUCUUACAUGAAAAUAGAAUUAUGCAUUUAGAUCUUAAACCUGAUAACUUAUUGGUUAAUUCUUUAUAUACUGAUUCUGCUUGUUGUAUUAAAAUUACUGAUUUUGGUACUUCUAGAUUUACUAAGAAAAAUAAUAAAAAUUCAGAAGAUAAAGGACUUGGUACACCAAUUUAUGCUGCACCAGAAACAUAUCACGAUGAAUACACGAAUGCAGGUGACGUUUAUUCCUAUGCUAUUAGUGCUUGGGAAUUGUUUUAUCAAGAAGAACCAUAUAAAGAAUUUAAAUCUUUGUUUGAAAUUAAAGAUUAUGUUGAAAGUGGUAAAAGACUUGGUUUUGAUACAUCUAUUCCAAUGUUAUUGAAAGGUCUUAUUCAAGACUGUUGGAAACAAAACGUUGGUGAACGACCUUCGUUUGAACAAGUUUGUAAAAGAUUGGUUAAAUUAGAUGAAGAUGCUAUUAAUCAUCUUGAACUUGAUAAUGAUGUUUCUGAUGGAAGAAUUGAAGAAAUUAUUAAUAAUAGAACUCAAAGAAUGCAAGACCAAUUGAAUGAAAUUAGCCAUGAUUAA